CAGGCGCGGGAGCCGCUGCUCGCGUCUGACUUUUUCCGCCAGCAGCAGCCAGGCUCGCGGCCCCCGUCCAGGUCGGGGCCGCCCACGCCGCGGCCGUACGGCGAGACGGCCGCGUUUGCGUCCGCCGGCGGCGGCUUCGAGGGCGGCGGCGGCGGCGCCGGCCAUUCUUCGGAGAUUGCGGCGGCCGAUGCGCCCGGGGCGCAGGAAGAGGAAGAGGCGUGGUUUGCCGGCGCCCGCAGCGCGCCUGGCUCCGACGCGGGGGCGUAG